AUGACAGACAGCUUGUUCGGGUCAGAGUCGGACUCAGACGGCUCAGUCGACGACGCGGAGCCCGCCACGCCUUCUCCCGCUCCCUCAGCCUCCUCCCUCGUCGCCUCAUCAGUUGGACCGCCCAUCCCGGGUUUCUACCUCUUCCGCGGUGCCAUUCCGGUCGACGUGCAGGAGGAGUUGACCAUGGCACUAUCUCGAGACGUCUGGACGGGCGGGACGGACCAAGUGAUGCUUUUCGAGCGUGCGGGGACCUCCUCAUUGCCCUCCUUCCUCAAUCCGGUCCUCCAACUCCUCCCUACCAUCCUCGCUCCUCUCUCCGACGACGUCAAGCGGCACGUGUUUGGCAGCUCUCGUCCUCGACAAGCCAUCCUGAACCUCUACGCGCCAGGACAAGGUAUUUCCCCUCACGUCGACCUGCCGACUCGUUACGACGACGGCAUCGUCGGCAUCUCACUCGUCAGCUCGACCGUCAUGGAGUUUCGACCGUCGCCCUCGUCCUCGCAGUCCAGCGAGAGCAACCUUCCUCCUCCAUCUUACGCCGUCCGACUUCGACCAGGCGACAUUUACGUUCUCUCCGGUCCAGCCCGCUGGGAAUGGUUGCACGGCAUACCCGCUCGCGAGGAGGAUCUCGUCGAGGACGAGUCGGGGCGCCCCAUGCGCGUCAGGCGAGGGGUCAGGAUGAGCGUGACGUUGCGGAGGAUGCUCGAAGGCGCUGAGCAGAUCGGCCCAGAAGAGCAAGGUCGCGGUGGCUGA